GAGGAGUAAAUCAGCGCUGGUGAGUCUCUGACGCGGAAGAAGUGGCCCCGUGAGAAGGAGGAAGAAGAAGGAACUCCCUCCGGUUUCUCUUCACACUUGUUGAAUAAUAUUUGGUCUCCGUCGCUGCGGCGGCUGUUCGGACGCUCCAUCUCCCGGUUCCUCGCGUCUUUCUACCGCCUAUGAGCGCUUUGACCCCCCUCCACCCCCCCCAAAAACCCCAACAACAUCAAAGAUUUCCUUCCGCCGCACACAACAUCCAGAGAUCGAUAAUUCAUCUCUUAUUCAUUCAGCUUCCGAAACGACGAGCUCCGGUAGGGGGGGCGCACGGAGCACCGAGCACAGCGGUACGCAGCGCCGCGGGGUGGCACCGCUGUCUCCGGGCGGAGGGACUCUGAUCUCGGCGUGGUGGACGUCGGCGACGUCGAAUGAAAAGGCGGUUUGAAACCCUCGCUGCCUCCCCUGGACCCCCCGCCUCCCCCUUUCUCCCUCUCGCUAGUUUUAAGGAAGGUGGAGCACCCGAUUAAUAUUUCAGGGAGCAGCUCCGGCCCGAGCGAGCGAAGGCCGGGGAGCUCCGGGUCCGCACGCCGACCGCUGAGCCCUCGCCGCCGGGCGCUGCCGAUGGGAUCAGCCGGUGGGGAUGACUCUUAACCGGGGGUCGGAGAACUAAUCUGGUUUGAACCUCCGCUGUGUUUCGAGGACCUGGAAUAUUAGCCUCUGAGGCGCAGGGGAAGCUCCGGGACAAACGCGCCGAGGACGGCGCCCCCUCGCCGGGCUGCUGCGCCGCCGUGUCCGGCCCCGUGGGAGAUGUCGCGCUGCCGGAAUAUUUACUAAAGAUUCAGUUUUUUCUUCUUCUUCUUCUGCACCACAACUGAAACCAAAAUCUCUUUGGGGGAGUUUGAGUGAGUGAGAGAGACAUGGCGGAUUCCGCCAGGAACCGACCACCGGACCGGGACGCCGAGGACUGCCGGACAGCGAGCCCCUUGUCCGGGAAGAAGAAGGCGCAGCAGUCCCCCGGUAUCCGGACCAAGUACCAGAGCUCCGCACCGGGCCACUGCCUGAAGAGGGUGACCCUAACCAAGCCCACCUUCUGCCAUAACUGCAGCGACUUCAUCUGGGGGCUCGUGGGCUUCCUGUGUGAAGUGUGUAACUUCAUGUGUCACGAGAAAUGCCUGAAGACGCUGCGUUGGGCCUGUUCCUGCAUGACCCCGUCUUUGGUCAGGGUUCCCGUGGCUCACUGCUUCGGACCCUCCGGCCAAAAGAAACGUUUCUGCAGCGUCUGCAGGAAAUUGACGGAAGGGAACGGGGCGCUGCGCUGCGAAGUGUGUGAGCUGCAUGUCCACGCUGACUGUGCCAUCUUCAGCUGUGCGGACUGUCGCAGUUCCCACCUGGACGAGACUCUGGAGCAGGAUACCUUUCACCACCACUGGAGGGAGGGCAACCUGGCCUCGGCGGCGAGGUGUGACGUGUGUCGGCGUUCCUGCGGCUCGUCUGACGUCCUAUCGGGGAUGAGGUGCGAGUGGUGCGGCGUCACGAGCCACGCGUCGUGUUACCUUGGCGUACCACCAGAGUGCACUCUGGGACGUCUGCGCUGCAUGACGCUGCAUCCGGACCGGGUCCGCCUCCACUUCAGGAACUUCAGCAAAAUGCACUGCUACCGCAUCGCGGAGAGCUGCAGCCAGGAGCUGGAUAACUCAGACGAUGUGGAUCAGAAUGCUGCUGCAUCUAAAGAGGGUCCAGAGACAGCAACAAGUAAACAGCUCAAGGUGUUUGAUGGCGAUGAUGCCAUGAAGCGCGGCUGCUUCCGAUUGGUUUCCAUCAUGAGAGCCAUAAAGAACGAGGAAGUGGUGGAGGCGGCACUGAGGGCCUUCUACCUCCCCGAUGACCCUCAGGACUUUGAGUUGAAAGAGGUCAGCUACACGCAUCGUCUCCAUAGCGACGACAUCCUCAACCGCAACGGCGGUACCGACAACCGGGGGGGCUCCCUGAAGGACGGAGGCGACGCCUGGCUGCUGAGGGCAAAACCCCGGGACCCCGAGGUCAUCAAGGUGUACAUGGCCCGGCCCAGGUCGGGGGCCGCAGUCGUUUCCGUCUCUGUCUCUAAAGAAAGCACGGCAGCUUCUGUCCUCUCUGAGGUCCUCAGUCUGCUCCAGAGACAGGAGGAAGACGCCUCCAGCUUCAGCUUGAUGGAGGUCUACAUGAGCAGCAAGCAAGUUCAAAGACAGACGCUGACUCCUCAGGAGAAGAUUCAGGACAAACUGCAGGAGAUCAGAAAGGUGUCCCUGCGUCAGAUGAACCAGACCCGUUUCUACCUGGUGGAGGACAGGAAGUCGGCGGUGCAGGUCAGCCUCCUGAUUGGAGGCCUGACCCCGCAGCUGAACAGAGAUGAGUAUGUCCAGCUGAUCCAGGAACAGCUGACCAUGAAGAGUCAUCUGGUCACCCUGAGCCACGUCUACCCCAGUCAAGGUGCGGUGGCGCUGCAGGUCUCGUGUUUCUCUGAAGCGGAGAGGAUCUACAUGUUGGCUAAAGACACCAGCGUGAACAACAAGGCGCUCACGUCGCUUGUCAUUGCAGAGAUUGAGCACGGCGCGCCGAGAGAGGAUGUCUGUCCCCUGCUGGUGUUCGUCAACCCAAAGAGCGGCGGCAUGAAGGGCCGAGAGCUCCUCUACGGCUUCAGGAAGUUGCUCAACCCUCAUCAGGUCUUUGACAUUUCCAACGGAGGACCGCUGGCCGGUCUCCACACCUUCCGGGAGGUUCCCAAGUUCCGGGUGUUGGUCUGUGGGGGGGACGGGACCACCGGCUGGGUGCUGGGGGUGUUGGAGGCCAUCCGGCACAAGCUAGUGUGUCGGGAGCCGCCCAUCGGCAUUGUACCGCUGGGAACAGGGAACGACUUGGCCCGAGUCCUGCGAUGGGGAGCCGGCUACGGCGGCGAGGACCCCCACCACAUCCUGGUCUCUGUGGACGAGGCCGACGAGGUCCUGAUGGACCGGUGGACCAUCUUGUUGGACGCCCAGGACAUCUCCGAAGACGGCAAGGAAAACGGCUUCCUGGAGCCCCCUAAGAUCGUGCAGAUGAACAACUACUUCGGCCUGGGCAUCGACGCAGACGUCAGCCUCGACUUCCACCAGGCCCGCGAGGACGAGCCGGAUAAGUUCACCAGCAGGUUCCAUAACAAAGGGGUGUACGUUAAGGUCGGACUGCAGAAGAUCAGCGCCACCAGGAGCCUCCACAAAGAACUGCGGCUGCAGGUGGACGGUCGGGACGUCCCGUUGCCUCACAUCGAGGGUCUGAUCUUCCUCAACAUCCCUAGUUGGGGCUCCGGUGCCGACCUGUGGGGGUCAGAGGUCGACGUCCGCCACGGGAAGCCGAGGAUCGACGACGGCAUGCUAGAAGUGGUCGGCGUCACCGGCGUCGUCCACAUGGGCCAGGUUCAGAGCGGUCUGCGCUCGGGGAUUCGAAUUGCUCAAGGGACUUACAUCCGGCUGACCGUGAACAAACCCAUACCUGUGCAGGUGGACGGGGAGCCGUGGAUCCAGUCGCCGGGACACAUCAUCAUCUCCGCUGCUGGACCAAAGGUCCGGAUGCUGAAGAAGUCCAAGCAGAAGCAGAAGAAGUCCUCGGCUGGCUCGAAGGACAAGCGCUCUGAGAGUCCGUCCUCCAAGGAAGGAGGACACUGACCUGCCUGAGAUUUAUCUCCCUGCGUCCUGCUGCCAGAUGAGGGCGGGGGCUUUUUUCCGGCGGCAGGCUGUGAGCUCACUCGUGUUGCCUCGAUAGCGACGCAGAUGAGAUGCAGGUCAAUCCGGAGAGGGGAGCAGGUUCAAUGUUUACUGCCUGCACGCGCCGGGAGGAGGUCCUGGAUCGCCUCAAUUUCCAUCCACUUGGGAUCACAUUUUCAUCCUGCUGACCAGGCAUUUAUCACUUAAAGAGUUCACACGGUUAAUAUUCAGCAGCUGAACGUUUUUAAAAAACGGAAGAGUAACAAGUAAUUGUCGGAUUUGAAAUAGGAAUUCUGCAUAGAUGAAGAAAGAGUUGACAAUUUCUCAGUGUGGAUAAGCUUCAGUUUCAACAUAGAAUCUAUGACAGUAGAUUCUGUCCAGAACUGUAUUUCUACAGUAAGUAGCAGUGUCAGUUGAUUAAUUGUAAUAAUUUUAGUUGUGGAAAAUAUUGUGCAGCUAUAAAGUGUUCAUAACCUCAGUCACGUUGUCAUAAGCGGAUAUGAAGAAACAGCAGAACUCCUGACGACAGGCAGUUUCUUUAAGAAGCUGCAACCACAUCGUGUUUAUCUAAACCACAGAUCUUCAUGCAGGCUAAUUAAUAAUACAUCCUCUUCUGGGAGAUUUGUCUGUAAAAUUCAUGCUGCAAAAAUCCAAUGAGCGCGUAACAUCUCUGAAAUACCAUUGGUGUCAAGGAACUUGAAACAAACACAUAAAAGUCAGAUCAGUCUGAGUUGAGGUAAAAAAUGUAAAUGUAGAGAUAAGCUGUUGGUUUCCCAGCAGAUGAAAAGUGGGACCCUUUUAUUUUGGCAGCAACACCAACUGUAAAUAUGUGACGGGAGUCACAUAUUUACAUAUCUAUGCCAGUAGUUUGUUUUGCUACUAAUUAUAAACUCAUUAAGAUAACAAUUUUGCACAAGAUUAAAAACCAUCUUUUGUGACACAACAACUUAUGACCAGACUGUGUCUUUUUAGCAUAUUAGAUUUAGGUUAAAAGAAUUUUAGAUAAUGCCUUUUAUGAAAAGAUAUAAAAAUGGCAAUGUAAAAAAAAGAGAGCUGUAGUAGUGAUCAUAUCAAAAGUGACCAAGUUAGCAGCCAUAUUUGAACAACUUUGACUUGACUUGAAAUCCUGACACAUAAUUCAAGUUAUAAGUUACAAAAGAUUUGCUUUUACCGUUACUUUGUAACUGGCUGACAUUUUAUGGAAUUAGGCUCCAGAACAGUCGACUCUUGGUCCGAAUCUCUGAUGAAAACAUAACAAAAACUACAGCAACAGACAUUGUUGCUAUGCUGGUAGCUGCUCCUGUUAUACCUGGUUUUAGUUAAUGCUAACAUGCUCAGCUCUGACGAAUGACUGAAUGUUUUCUUUUUCCUGUAUUCUCUGGAAGUAGCUGGAUAGUGGAGUCUUAUUAAGCUGAGUUUAGUUGAGCGGUGCAAAUAGAUUAAGAGAAAGUGUGUGUUAGAAGUUGUGCCAAUGUGGUUGAAACUAUCCAUUUGCUAAAAAAGAGUUGAUAACUUGAUUACCGCUCCAUUAAUAGCUUAUUAGAUGCUUUGCGUUUUCUUGAAAGUUGGCUGUCUUGCUAGUGUGUCAAAACAAAACUAAAGAUUAUAUUACAGGUAGGUCAUAAACAGGUCAUAAACUAGCUAUGUUACUAGCGUAGCUGCUAGUUGCCAUGCUAACAAUAUUGAAAUGAAAUUUGUUUUAUGGGAUUAUAAAAAAAUCAAAGGUAUAUAUUAUGAAGAUGUGGGUAUGAAGUGUGCCAAUGUGGUCACAGGUAGAUCAAGCCAAUAACUAGCGGGUUAUCUGCAUUCCUAGCUAAGCUAAACUUGAAACAUCUCUUAACUUUGCAAGCUAUUAGGAUAAUUCGCUAGCAGGAUAGCUAGUGUGGUAUUGCCUUAACAAACCUUAAUAGGGUUAAUUUCUAAACAAUAGGAACACGUCAUGACUGAAGAUAGCAUCCAAAACAGCUUAGCUUAGCAAGAUGCUUGCUAAGUUAGCGUGCCAAAAUAGAAUUAAAAGUGAUAUUCACAGUUUUAGAUGGUAAAAUCUAAUGUUUCAAAUGUGGGCCCUCUGAAAUUACAGAUCAAACUAGAUCUAAAAUACUAGCUACAUUACUAGCUAAACUAAACAUAUUAGUAUUUUUGCAAGCUAACGUUAGUUUGCUUGUUUGCUGGCAAGCUUCUUAGCGGGCUAGUUUGCCAAAACACUUUAAUGUAAAUCUUUUUGGGUCAAUGGAUUAAGUAAUUCCCGGUAAUUUAAUUGUUAGAAAUUUGAUGGUAAGUUUGCUCAAUUUAGGAAUGAUUUAUCAAUACUUUUUAGCCGGUUUCAGUAUUUCAGUAUUCAACAACCAGAUCUACAAUAAUUGCCAUAUUUAAUAGACACAACUGUAACUUGUUUACUGCCACAAAAAAACUUGUCAAAGACGAGGUUCAGCUGGAAGCUUAACCAGAGGAGGAUUCAAAGAAAUUAAAACUUCGUCCACAUUCCCAGAGACGCAGAACGUAAAGAAACAUUUAAAGAUAUUAUGCUCUUUAUGUAGCAAAACAGCAUUUGAUUGCUGUACUUUUGGUUGUAAUAUGUACGUUGUUUUUUUUUACUGAGUUGAUUUUGAUGUUAUUUGGUGCUAAAAUAACAUGUUGAAAUUCUGUGUUUGACUUCAGAUUGGAGGAUCUUGUUUUUCUUCAAAGCCUCAAACCAAAUUCACCUCAUCAUUCAGAAUGUUGCGCAUUUAAACUGUUUCCUCUGCGUAGUGACCACAUUUAAAGACUUUAAUUAAGAUCACCCUGAGGGUUUCUGGCUUUGAAUGAAAGAGGAUCAGAUACAUCUGCAUUAUGUAUCCGUCAGUUAAAACUGAGCUCCUCAGUGUGAGUAGAACUAUAUACACCGUCACAGUGUUUUAUUACAUGUAUGAAGUACUGUAGUUCUGAGUGUUGUGUAUUUACAGCCUGUUAUCUCCUCUUUGGUCACUGUCGCUGUUAAAGUCAGCUGCUAGUUUUACAUGUUUGAAGCGGUUAAUACUAUGUGAUCCUGCUCAUCAUCUUCCGAAUUAUCCUUCAUUGUUUAAUGACCUCUUGCGGUGAUGUCAUUCAUUUUACUGUAGAUAGAAAAAAAUACUUGCAGAUUCUUGAAACAUUUCAAUUUUUGUAUAUGAUUUGAGGUAAUUGUUGGAUCCAAAAUUCUUCCUGUCCUUAGUUGCUCUUAGUUGUUUAAAAAAAAAGUGAAACAGAGAUGACAAACACAAAAACGAUUUGAACAUUCAGCUCUUUUAGUAAUCUCAAAUAUUGACGUUGGCUGUAAAUCUGUCCUUAAAUGCAUCAAUUUAAUUUCCUAAAAGUGCUUUAAAGUCAUGAAAGAUAUAAAAAUAACAUCUUUCAGGACUUUUGGAGAGGUUUAUCUUAUCAUUGCAACAUGGUGGCUGCAUCAUUCUGUCACAUGGAGAUAUUCUGAAUCACAUCAGCCUCCAUUUGCUUUGACGUUUAGUCUCUAGAAUUUUAAAGAAGGUGCAGCAGAAUAUCGAAGCUCUCUGAACAGAUAUUUUCUUGUUUAUCCAAAUCAGUAAAUUUGGUGGACUGUAAAUGAACUACUACUUCUCUGUUGAUCAAUGUAAAAACAUGUGCAUUUUUACUCCGGCUUCUUUGCGUCAAGAUAUCCGUCAUUAAGACGCCCCCCUCAUAGCAGACCAGGUGGAGGUCUCUACUGCGGGUGGUUGGUUCAGAAAGUGGUCUGUUGUGAAGGUGGAGGCUUCUUCUACAGGCCGAUGUUUGCCCUCCAGGUGCAUGUUUGUCCUUCAGGUUGAGGAGGUCUUUCUUGAAGGUGGAGGUUUAUCCUUAAGGUGGAAGUUUAUCCCGUGGGUAUGUUUGUCCUUCAGAUGGAUGUUAGUCCUUCAGGUGGAUGUUUGUCCUUAAGGUAGAGGUUUAUCCUGUGGAUAGAUAUUUGUCCUUCAGCUGGAUGUUUAUCCUUAAGGUGGAGGUUUAUCUAGUGGGUAGAUGUUUCUCCUUAAGGUGGAGAUUUAUCCUGUGGGUAAAUGUUUGUCCUUCAGGUGGAUGUUUUUUCAGGUGGUUAGUCCUUCAGGUGGAGGUUUAUCCUGCGUGUAGAUAUUGGUCCUUUGGAAGUCUGUCUUGCAGGUGAAGGUUUGCGUAGUGCCUCAUCAACACCGUCCGUGCUCUGAUGUUUUUUGCGUGUUCCAGGUUUCCGCUUUAUUAAAGGUUUUCUUAAAAAAUCAAAUGUAUACUUUUGUUUUUCUUUGUUUCAACUGUAAAAUUGCACUAACUGUUAAAUUGAUGCUCUUCGAUGAGGUUAUCCUGAAUGUUGUAACGACUAAAGAUGACUAUCUAGUACAAAUCUCUUACUAAUAUAUGUACAUAUGUGUUUAAAUAACUGACGUGUUCAUUCAGAAUAAACUAAUGAAGAAAGA